AAUAAAAGUGUCAAAACUUAUCCAUCGAUAAUGUGGUAGAGGAUAUAGUAGGCAGGCAGCGCUGCCAAAGGCCUUUUCUGUCUUUUUCACCCAAUACAAUUACAAUAUUGUCAAUUUGAAUUUUUCUCUCAGCACCUAGAUUUCAUAAACACAUGGUCCGCACCUGUAGUCUGUGCAACAGUGAAAAGCAUGAUAGGCGGCUCUGCCCUCAAAAAACAGAGCGUGUUGAGCUUCGCACAAACCUUCCCUCCGCUUCACACCUGGAGCAGGUUAUUGGUCCCACGAGAGGGGCAAAUAUUGUUAGCCAGCCUCAAAGGCCGCAUAUGUGUAGCACUUGCAAUCGCCCAGGACAUAAUCGAAGUACAUAUCCGAGUGCUGAAAGCCAUAUCCAAAAUGAAGCCAAUCAUGGAGCAGUGCGCGAGCGAAGCUUUGACCAUGACCUUGAUAUCGAAAAUGAGAGACCCACACAAAGGCGAAGACUCCUUCCUGAGAUGCUCAUUGAGCGCGCUAUCUUGAGUCCCCUUAAUGAGGGCUAGGAACAUACACACGGAACAUUGUCUUCAAAGAUGCUUUAUAGCCACGUUGUCUUUUGAUUGCCAUUUACUGCGUUACCUCCUCGCCGCCGUUAAUCUAUCAAAUGUUGUGAUUACCAG